AUGGCCACUGUCAUUCCUGGUGAUUUGUCAGAAGUAAGAGAUACCCAGAAAGUCCCUUCAGGGAAACGUAAGCGUGGUGAAACCAAACCAAGAAAAAACUUCCCUUGCCAACUGUGUGACAAGGCCUUUAACAGUGUUGAGAAAUUAAAGGUGCACUCCUACUCUCACACAGGAGAGAGGCCCUACAAGUGCAUACAACAAGACUGCACGAAAGCCUUUGUUUCUAAGUACAAAUUACAAAGGCACAUGGCUACGCACUCUCCUGAGAAAACCCACAAGUGUAACUAUUGCGAGAAAAUGUUUCACCGGAAGGACCACCUGAAGAACCACCUGCACACGCACGACCCCAACAAAGAGACGUUCAAGUGCGAAGAGUGCGGCAAGAGCUACAACACCAAGCUGGGCUUCAAGCGGCACCUGGCCCUGCACGCGGCCACGAGUGGCGACCUCACCUGCAAGGUGUGCCUGCAGACGUUCGAGAGCACCGGUGUGCUGCUGGAGCACCUGAAGUCGCACGCGGGCAAGUCGGCGGGCGGCGUGAAGGAGAAGAAGCACCCGUGCGAGCACUGCGACCGCCGCUUCUACACACGCAAGGACGUCCGCCGACACAUGGUGGUGCACACGGGAAGGAAGGACUUCCUCUGCCAGUACUGCGCUCAGAGGUUCGGGCGCAAGGACCACCUGACGCGGCACAUGAAGAAGAGCCACAACCAGGAGCUCCUGAAGGUCAAGACGGAGCCCGUGGACUUCCUGGAUCCCUUCACCUGCAACGUGUCGGUGCCCAUCAAGGAUGAGCUCCUCCCGGUGAUGUCGCUGCCCUCCAGCGAGCUGCUCUCCAAGCCGUUCCCCAGCACGCUGCAGCUGAACCUCUACAACACUCCGUUCCAGUCUGUGCAGAGCUCGGGCUCUGCCCACCAGAUGAUCACCACCCUGCCUUUGGGCAUGACGUGCCCCAUAGACAUGGAUGCUGUCCACCCCUCCCACCACCUUUCCUUCAAGUACCCGUUCAGUUCUACCUCAUACGCCAUCUCUAUUCCCGAAAAAGAACAGCCCUUGAAGGGGGAGAUUGAGAGCUACCUGAUGGAGCUGCAGGGCGGCGUGCCCUCCUCCUCCCAGGACUCUCCAGCGUCCUCAUCCAAACUGGGGUUGGAGCCGCAGCUCGGGUCCCUGGAGGACAGCACGGGGGACCUCUCCCUGUCCAAAAGCUCCAUCUCCAUCAGUGACCCCCUAAACACACCAGCAUUGGAUUUCUCUCAGCUGUUCAAUUUCAUACCAUUAAACGGCCCUCCCUAUAACCCGAUCUCGGUGGGGAGCCUGGGGAUGAGCUACUCCCAGGAGGAGGCACACUCUUCCGUGUCUCAGCUCCCCCCGCAGAGCCAGGACCUGCCGGAUCCUGCCAGCACCAUAGGGCUGGGCUCUCUGCACUCGCUGUCCGCAGCCUUCACCAGUAGUCUGAGCACGAGCACAACCCUGCCCCGUUUCCACCAGGCUUUCCAGUAG